AGAUCUUUCAAUCAACCAGCUGACGUCCAUCUCCAGUUCGGCUUUUGGAAUGCUGAAUUCGCUGACCAGUCUAACUCUGUCCAGCAACUACAUCUCUACAAUCGCCUCCGAUGCAUUCUCAAACCUCGUCAUGCUCCAAAAUCUAGACUUGCAGACCAACCGGAUCCCUGGGUUUACAGUCCCACUCUUCUCGGGCCUUUACGCACUAAAAAGCUUAAAUUUGAUGAAUAACAAACUGACCAGCAUCCCCACCGAUGCCUUCACAAGUAUUGGAACCUUGACGUCUUUGAACAUGGGAACCAAUCUGCUCACGACUCUCCCGCCUGGAUCGUUCUAUGGUCUUACCACGCUUACCGUUCAAUCACUGGCCAGCAACUCGUUUGGAGGAAUUGUGCCUCCGAGCACUUACGGCAGCGCUACGGCCCCCACUGCGUGCCACUACACUUGCAGAACAUGCUUUGGAGCAGGCUCCGCUGGCUGCUGCAGCGCGAACUGCCUGAGGUGCUCAAGCGGCUCUCUGUGCACGCAAUGCGAAAAUGGCUACCUGAUGGUCGGAAACGCUUGCUUUGACGCAAAUGUCAUCUCGGCCUCGAUCUCCAGCGUGUCUGCUGCAUCUGUAGCGUCCGUUGAAUCGGUGGCUAGCGUUUUCCGUGCCUCAACUGCAUCCGUUGAAUCCGUUGCUUCAGUCGAAUCGGCUGCCUCUGUCUUCCGUGCCUCCACUGCAUCCGUUGAAUCAGCCGCCUCUGUCGCUUCUGUCGAGUCUGUUGCUUCUGUCUUCCGCGCGUCCACAGCUUCUGCUGAAUCAGCCGCAUCGGUCGCUUCUGUCGAGUCUGUUGCUUCUGUCUUCCGCGCGUCCACAGCUUCUGCUGAAUCUGCCGCCUCCGUCGCUUCUGUCGAGUCGGCUGCUUCUGUCUUCCGUGCUUCCACUGCAUCCGUUGAAUCUGCUGCAUCGGUCGCUUCUGUCGAGUCAGCUGCUUCUGUCUUCCGUGCCUCCACAGCUUCUGCUGAAUCUGCUGCCUCCGUCGCUUCUGUCGAAUCUGCUGCUUCUGUCUUCCGCGCGUCCACUGCAUCCGUUGAAUCAGCCGCAUCGGUCGCUUCUGUCGAGUCAGCUGCUUCUGUCUUCCGCGCUUCAACCGCAUCGGCUGAAUCGGCCGCGUCUGUUGCCUCGAUGGACUCUGUUGCAUCUGCGUUCAGUGCUUCCACCGCAUCGCUUGCGUCCAUGGCUUCAGUCGAGUCUGUUGCUUCUGUUGCAUCCGCCGAGUCAGUGAUUUCAGUGUUCCGCGCCUCCACAGCCUCAGCAGAAUCUGUCGCCUCAAUUGAAUCCGCGCUGUCCGUCGCUUCCGUCGAGUCAGUCGUAGCAUCACUCAGUGCCUCAGUUGCCUCCGUUGAAUCAGCAGCUUCCGUUGCCUCGGUCGAGUCCAUCCUUUCCGCUGACUCGGCCGCUUCCGUUGCCUCCAUUGCGUCGCUCGAAUCAGCUGCGUCAGUUGCCAGUGUGUCCGCAGAGUCUGUAACGAGUGCUUCCUCAGCAUCCGCCGCGAGUGUAUCCGCGGCGUCUGCGCGAUCUGUUGCAUCUGCUUCCAGCGCCUCGGCAAACCGCGGCUCCGCUUCGGUCACGGGCGGUCAUCAUGCUCGGGCUGGAAGUGGUGGCACAUCUUCUGCUGUCAUUGCAGCAAUUUGUGUGACCAUCGGGCUGCUGAUUUUGAUUGCAUUGGUGCUUCUGCUCGUGGUUCGCGGCCGUCGAGCAGCCGCACAACGAAAGUUCAUCUACUCUACGACGGCGCCUGCACCCAUCAUGAGUAAUCCCCUGUAUAAUACCCUCCACACGCAUUCCAGCUAUGCGGAAAUCGACGCAAACACCUAUCAGGACGUCUCGUCGGCGUUCAAGCUGCAGUAUGAUGAACUUCGUCCUGCAGAGUCAACCUACGCAACUGCCGGAGCGCCAGUGUACCUGUCUCUGAACGACGGGUCGCAGCCAGUUUACACCGACACUGCCGCUGCAGGACGCUCAACGGCCAACCAAGCAGCGACAGCGCCCGUUGCCAAGACGCCCUAUGCUACAAUUGUUUCUUUGAACGACGUGUCUGACAAGUCCAACCAAGAUCAGAGCGCCAUCUACGACACUGCUGACCAACCCAUCUAUGCUGAUACUGAGGUGGCUGCGACUGCAGGUGAUGGGAAGCACCAAAGUCCUGGAGAAUCAUCUGGCCAAACCACGUAUGUGGCCAUUGCGAACUGCGAUUGAGAACGCUACUAGUUUCAUGUGUCGUUUUUCAUUGCUCAUGUUUCUGGUGCCUGUAUCCGCGCGUGAGCAUGCGAGUGUGCACCUUGGUGUGUUUUCGAACUCCUUUGGAAGGAAAAUCCAGUUGUUGUCCGUGUUCCAUUAAUACAUGUGCUUCUGAGCGAA